AUGGCUUGUGCUUUGGAAGACCGUCGGUUUACUCAACCGAUGAAGUACUUCCUCACCGAGUCUUUAUUGCAAAUAGUGUACAUGCAUGUAUGCAGUACAUCAGCAUACUAUUUUCUCCGGCCGGCUUAUUAUAAGGAAGGUGCCGAGAAGAUUGUCAACGGGCUUCGGAAGCAUAUUGAGGACCAGAGGAUGCUCGAAAGCCUCCGGAGUGCGGAUGAGCCGUGGCCGCAACAGAUCACCAUGCAUAACCACUUCGAUCAUGAGUUGGAUGUAUGCAGCCAUGAUCGAUAUCAGGGCAAGCCAGUGGUGAAGAUGGCUGAGAUAGAGGACGGCGCAGUCGGCGAGCCAGCGCUUUUGACGAACUUUCAUUUGCUCAAGGCCUACAUUCCGGCGGUUGUGGAUGAUAAAGGUGUGCCGAAUCUUGCCGACCACAAGGUGGCCUUCCUGCACAUCUCCGCGACAUACAACCUGCACCCCCAAGUCCGCACGAAGCGGGGCGGAAAGGCUGAGGUGAAGGACUGGGCCCAUGCAGAGGCGGUGAAGCUCAAAGGACUUCUGUCCGCUUUGCAGCGGCUCACUCGUCGCACAUUCGAUGCGAAGAAUACGAAGACGCUGAUCUUGAAAAAACUCUUCGCGCAGAGAAUCGGGUGGAUGGCCCACCCCGAGCCCGAGCCCGAUAGCCGUGCUGUGGUACCUGCUGAUGAAGCCGAUGCCGGUGCUUCGGAUGCCGACAGCAUCUUGCUGGGUCUCAGCCCAUCCAUGGAGGAUGGGGAGGCUCCGGAAGCCGGAGCUCCUGCAGCAAUUGCGGAUGCUGCAAUGGAUGAUGAGGAUGACGAUCUAAUGCCCCGUAACUUGGAUGCGGAGCUGGAGGGACUGGUGCAUCAGAUUCUCUGUGAGAAGCAAAAUGACUCGAAAGAUCUUGAUGAUGAUGACAUGGCAGCGCUGCUAGCGGCAUCCGACUCUGAGUCGGUACCCGACCCACAGACCUACUUGGGGCCAGAAGCACUAGCAGAGCUAGAGGCUAUGGAGCGCGAACGGGCCGAUGAGCUCUUCCUCCUUGCCUUCCAGGGUGAGCUCUGCGGGAUCAGGUUCCAAGACCGUGCGCCGCUGUUGAGUGAGAGGCUUGCACUACCAGAUGAGCUUCAAGAUCUACUCGAGCUAGAUGAGGAUGCCCAGGGCAACGAUGUGCGGGAGAAGCAGAAGCAGGUGAAAGCCAGUCACCAGCAGAAGCACCACGAAGUCAAAGCAGCAGCGAAGGCCAAGGCCGGGCAGAGGAAGCGGAAGGCACCAGAUGCAGCAGAGCCAGACCUGGAGACAAGAGUCACGCCGGAGGGUCGAAGAACCAGGGCCCUGGAUGCAGCUGAGAGCGACAUGCGAAAAAAACCCCGGGGCCCACGCAACAAGCGAUCAAAUGUUGCUGGCGCCGGUAUGAGCUCGAAGCCCAAUGUGCCGGAGCCAGCAAGUGUUUCGGAGCAUGAUGUGCCGGAGCCAGCAAGUGUGUCGGAGCCCAGUGUGCCGGAGCCAGCAAGUGUGUUUGAGCCCAUGCCGGAGCCAGAAAGCGAGGAGGCAAGAGAUGUGCCGGAGCCAGCACCAGCAGGUGUGCCGGAGCCGGAGCCAGCAAGUGAGCCAGAAACAGCAGCUGAGGCAGCACAGCGUGCUGCUAGGGCAGCAGCUUUGAGGAGAGCAGCAGACCGCCGGCAGGUGAUGGCAGACAACCAUGCUGCCAUGAUCCGCAAUCUGCCUAACUUGGUGGACCUGCAACCGCCCCUAGGCUUCACUUCAAAGUGCCGUAGCUGCAAUCGAUCAUGA